ACGUUGUCGAGUGCAUUCAAGGUUCUGCAAUGGAUUGACUUCACAACCAGUAUCAAUUUUGUUUUCAUUGAAGCAAUAAGCAUUUUUGAAGGUUAACGAUGAAAUCUUCUGUUUUGGUCUUUUUUGUCAACGGCAAGAAAAUUGUCGAUGACCAAGUUAAUCCGGAAUGGACUUUACUUCAAUAUCUAAGAAAUAAAUUGCGACUAUGCGGAGUGAAACUAGGGUGCGGCGAAGGUGGUUGUGGAGCAUGCACCGUCAUGGUGUCCAAAUACCAACGGGAAACAAAAAAAGUCGUGCACUUCCCGGUAAAUGCAUGCCUGGCACCUGUAUGUUCUAUGCAUGGAUUAGCAGUGGUCACCGUUGAAGGAAUCGGAUCAACAAAGACGAAACUUCAUCCAGUACAGGAACGCAUCGCUAAGGCACACGGCUCCCAAUGUGGUUUCUGUACGCCUGGAAUUGUCAUGUCUAUGUAUACUCUACUUAGAAACUGUAACAAACCCAAGAUGGAUGACUUGGAUGUGACGUUUCAAGGUAAUCUCUGCAGAUGCACUGGGUACAGACCUAUCAUUGAAGGAUACAAAACAUUUACUGAAGAUUGGGAAUUGAUGCAAUCAAAAAACAAAACAAAUGGAUAUGUAGCCAAUGGAAGUGAUUGCAUUAUGGGUGCCAACUGCUGCAAAUAUCAGCAGCUUACUGACAAUGAUCAAAACCACAAUUUAUUUAAUCCUAAUAGUUUUGUACCAUAUGAUAGUUCUCAAGAACCUAUAUUUCCUGCAGAAUUGAAAUUAACUGAUUGUUAUGACAAAGAGUAUUUGAUGAUUAAAGGGAAAGAUGUCACUUGGUACAGACCUGAUACCUUAGAAAGUCUUUUACAACUUAAGAGCCAGUAUCCCAAAAGUAAAAUUAUUGUGGGAAACACUGAAGUUGGUAUAGAAGUGAAAUUUAAAGGACAACUAUAUACAAUGUUGAUACAACCUACUUCAGUGCACGAACUCAAUCAGAUUAUUAUCAACAAUGAUAGUAUCCGUAUUGGAGCAGCGGUGACUUUAGAAGACAUUAAGUCAUGUUUUGAAAAUCAAUUAAAAUUACAUCCAAAAUGUAAAACUUAUAUAUUGAAGUCGGUAGUAGAGAUGUUGCACAGGUUUGCUGGCAAACAAAUUCGAAGUGUAGCUUCAAUUGGUGGUAAUAUUAUGACAGGAAGUCCUAUAUCAGAUCUCAAUCCAAUAUGGAUGGCGAUAGGAGCAACGUUACACUUGUCUAGUUCUUCAGGAACUCGUUCUGUCAUAAUGGACGAUCACUUUUUUACAGGAUACAGAAAAACAAUUGUAAACCCAGAUGAAAUUUUGGAAUCUAUAGAAAUUCCAUUCACUAAAGAAGGCCAAUAUGUUUUUGCUCAUAAACAAUCACGUCGAAGAGAUGAUGAUAUCGCAAUUGUCAACACUGCAAUCAAUAUUAUCUUCCAACCCGGAACUAAAAUAAUUGAAGAACUUAAAAUAGCUUUCGGUGGACUGGGUCCAACUACUUUUCUUGGGAAAUCAACCCAAAAUUUAAGAGGUUUAGAAUGGAACAAUGAAAUAUUUGAAAUUGCUUGUACUAACAUAUUCAAAGACACUCCUUUGUCAGCAAAUGCACCAGGUGGCAUGGUUGAUUACAGACGUGCACUUGCAUUGAGUUUCUUCUUCCGAACUUUCUUGGAAAUGAACAAAAUUUUGAAUGGAAAUCUAGAUAAAAAUAUUGAAAGUGCAGUAGAGAAGUUUCAUUAUAAAACACCAUCAAGCACACAGUUUUUUGACAUACCUAUAAACUCAAAUGAAGAUGAAACUGAGCCAUCACCAGUUGGAAAACCUUUAGUUCAUAGAUCAGCUUUGAAACAAGCAACUGGUGAAGCAAUCUACACUGAUGACAUUCCACACAUUGAAAAUGAAUUGUACAUGGCAUUUGUGUAUACCACUAAAGCUCACGCCAUGAUUAAAUCUAUAGAUCCCAAAACUGCCCUAGCACAUGAUGGUGUUAUAGGUUUUAUUUCCGCUAAAGAUAUUUCUGAAGGACGUAACAAAUUAGGGCCAGUACACCAAGAUGAACAACUGUUUAUUACAGAUUUGGUGUCUUGUCAAGGUCAAUUUCUUGGUGCCAUCUUGGCUGUUGAUCAAACUAAAGCUCAACGUGCUGCAAAACUAGUAAAAGUGGAAUAUGAAGCGUUGCAACCAUGUAUUGUUUCAAUUGAAGACGCAAUUUUACAUGGAUCAUUGUUUCCUGAUGUGAGACGCAUUGAAGUUGGAAAUGUUGAUGAAACGUUCAAAAUGUCAAAGAAUAUUAUACAAGGAAAAACAAAGACUGGUUAUCAAGAGCAUUUUUACUUUGAAACAAUAGGGUGCCUAGUAAUUCCAAAAGAAACUGAUGAGUUUGAGAUGUUUGUUUCAAGUCAACAUCAUGCUGAGAUUACUGAUUUUGUGUCGAGGGUUUUAGGCAUUCCCCAACACAAAAUUGUUACUCGAAUCAAACGUAUUGGUGGUGGUUUUGGUGGCAAGCAAUCUCGAACUGUUCCAAUCGCAAUGGCGGCUGCCGUGGCCGCUCAAAAAUUCAAUCGUCCAGUGCGUAUUCUCCUCGAUCGCGAUGAAGACAUGGCUGUAACUGGUGGUCGUCACCCUUAUCUUGUAAAAUACAAAGCUGCAUUUUCUUCAGAUGGCACAAUUGAUGCACUUGACGUUGAAGUAUUUGCAAAUGCCGGUCAUUCAUAUGAUUUAUCACUGGAAGUUCUAGAAAGAGCUGUUUUUCAUGUUGAAAAUUGUUAUAAAAUCAAAAAUUUAAGAGUUGUAGGAAGACUUUGCAAAACGAAUUUACCAUCAAACACUGCGUUUCGAGGUUUUGGUGCUCCUCAGGCAAUGUUUGCUGCGGAGUACAUGAUACGUCAAGUAGCAGAGCAUCUUAAAAUGGACCUUGUCACAGUCGUGGCUAAGAAUCUUUACAAAGAAGGAGACAUUACACAUUACAGUCAACAAAUUAUUAAUUGUAAUUUAAGCAGAUGCUUUGAAGAAUGCUUACAGAAAUCUAAUUAUUUUGAAAGACAAAAUCAAAUCAACCAAUUUAACAUUGAGAAUAAAUAUAAGAAGCGUGGUAUUUCAAUAGUUACCACUAAAUAUGGCGUCGGAUUUGGGGUUCCCUUUUUAGAACAAUCUGGAUGCUUGAUUAAUGUUUAUACAGAUGGUUCUAUUUUGUUAACCAUUGGUGGAGUUGAAAUGGGGCAAGGAUUAUACACAAAAAUGAUUCAAAUAGCUGCCAAAGUUUUGGGAGUUGCUCCAGGAUUAGUUCAUAUUAACGAAUGCGCUACUGAUAAAGUUCCAAAUAGUUCUCCAAGUGCUGCUAGUGUUGGGUCCGAUUUAAAUGGAAUGGCUGUGUUGAGAGCAUGUGAAAUCUUGAAAGAACGAUUGAAACCACUUCGUUCCAAAUAUCCUGAAUUAUCAUGGGAGAAACUUGUCAACAAGGCGUACUUUGAACGAAUUUCCCUAUCAGCUGUCGGCCAUUUUGCAACACCAGAUGUAUUUUACGAUUGGGAAACAAACUCGGGAACACCGUAUAAUUAUUAUACUUUUGGUGCAGCGUGCACUGAAGUGGAAAUUGAUUGUCUUACCGGAGAUCAUCGUGUUUUGAGAACUGAUAUUAUCAUGGAUCUUGGUGCAAGUUUAAACCCUGCAAUAGAUAUAGGUCAAGUUGAGGGAGCAUUUAUGCAAGGUUAUGGUCUUUUUGUUCUGGAAGAAAUGCUUUAUUCCCCAGAAGGAACAGUCAUGACACGUGGACCUGGAGCUUACAAAAUUCCUGGAUUCUCAGACAUACCAACUGAGUUUAAUGUGUCCUUAUUGAAAGGAUCAUCAAAUCCGCGAGCUGUUUACUCAUCAAAAGCUGUUGGUGAACCGCCAUUGUUUUUGGCCAGUUCUGUUUUAUUUGCGAUUAGAGAAGCUAUUAUUGCUGCAAGAAAAGAACAAAAUAUUCAGGAAUCUUUUCAGUUGGAUGCCCCAGCAACAGCUGAAAAGAUCAGGAUGUUUUGUGUCGACAACAUCAUUAAAAAGAUAUGUGAAACUGGAUAUAGAAAAUCAACAUGGAACGUUAUACCAUAAUAAUAUUUUCUUUAGUGAUAACUCCUGGAAUGCUUUGGUUAUCAUUUCUGUCAUAAAAACUAGUUAUUUAAAAAUUAAUAGAAAUAUAAUGUUCUGAUAAAACCAUAAAAAACAA